CGACAGCUUUCAAAGUCUCGCGCUUCUUACAUCUGCUCACCAGCCUUCAAGAGAUGCCUUCCCUUCCACAAUUCAACCCUUUGCGGUUGCGAUCGUACAUUUUCCGACUGCCGUUAUGUACACGCCUUCUCAUCACAGCCAUUGUGGGCCUUUGGAUUGCGACGAUUCCAUUCGACUGGUUGCGGGAAUGGGGAAGCCUCGAGCCAGACAAGGUUAAUCUAGGAACAAUGCACCGACUUAACUUGUUCCCCCUCCUACAUCUCGGUUUCCUUCAUAUGCUGUUCAAUGUCCUCGCACUUACACCUCUCUUGGAGCGAUUUGAAGCGGAGUUUGGCACUUUGGUGACCCUGGCCCUAUUUACCGGACCUUUCGGGACAUUACCCGGUGGAAUCUACACACUGCUUGAGAAGUUUGUUCUAAGAAGUAACACCAAUGUAAUGGGUGCAAGUAUAUGGGUAUUUCUCUUGCUAGCCGCUGAAGCAAUGAAGACGCACAAGGCAAACCCGAACUUCAACAUUGGACCAUAUAAGAUUCCAACCUGGACCACACCUUUAAUUCUUGUCGUCUUCACAUCUGUUUUGAUACCUGGUGUAAGCUUCAUCGGGCAUCUAUGCGGAUUGGCUAUUGGCUACCUAUGGGGGCUUGGUUACAUCAAAUUCCUAGUACCGCAUGAGAAGAUCCUGAGAUGGGUCGAGGGCAAACUCAAUCUGCUUGGACGACUUCCACACUAUGUCUCAGUCGAUCAGAAGACAUAUGGACGCUACGGAGUUCUCCCUACCACUUCAAGUAGUCUGCCUAGAAGCCCUGAACCAGGACAACGGCUUGGUGCUUGAAGCGUUUUCUUCGUAUGCUCGAAGUGUAUAUCACACCUGGUGCAUACCAUGCCCAGGAUAUUUGAAUAUUAAAGCACGUUCUGCUACUUUGUUAUUGUCUUGAUCGGCAAUUUAUAGACGGCUGGCGUUCUGGUAUAACAUCACAAUGCAUUAAUGAGAGGGGGAGGAAAAGUUUGUGGGGGUGUAAUACGGAUCCUUUUCACUUGUCUAUAUUAUUUUCUUAUGACGCGAAGGAAAACCAACGUUGAUUUUGCAAUGGGCGUCUUGAUAAUGUCAAGCAUAUUUUAGCUCUAUUCUGGUAUAUCAAGUCAGGCUCGAUACAUCAUAACUAGGUACCUAAUAUUGUGCCCUCGGUAAUUGUGUAGCGCGAAGACAAUAAAGUAAUGAACACAUACGUUUCAAGUGAUCCGAGUCUAGUGUUCA